AUGCUAAUCUUUGUGUUAAUUGUUGUGCCUACAUAUACAUUGGAACAUUCUGAAACCAAAGAAGGAGAUACGGACACAUUUUGGCCAGAAUUUGAGUUACCUGGAGAUUACAUUAUAGGUGGCUUGCUUCAAAUUCACAGUGAUGCACACUACCAUUCAGACUUGCCUGAAACUCCAAGAUGCCUGAACUUUUCCGUGAAUGGCUACCGUCAUUUGCAAGCGAUGAAGUUUGCUGUGGAGGAGAUCAACAACUCGACUGAACUCCUGCCAAGUGUCACUCUAGGGUAUCAGAUCUUUGACAGCUGUGCCACUUCGAUCAACGUUAAGGCAGCACUCGAAUUUAUUUUGGGGAAUUCAACUCAGGGAGCCGAGUCAUGCCAUGAUUUCAAAGGCUGUCGCCCAGAGCUCUUAGCUGUGCUUGGUCCAUGGUCAUCUGAUGGUGCUAUUGCCGUUGCAAGCAUUCUUCAAUUGUUUCAUAUUCCUCAGGUCAGCUUUGGUGCCUCAAGUGAUGAGCUGAGUGACAAAGUGCAAUAUCCAUCAUUUUUCCGGACUAUUCCAAGUGAUUUGAAACAAGCAGAAGCAAUGGUUCUAUUGAUCCAGAGGUUUGGCUGGAACUGGAUCUCAGUUAUUGCAAGUGACAAUCAAUAUGGACAGAAUGGAAAACGGAGGGUGGUAGAGUUAGCUUCUGAGAGACAGAUCUGUGUGGCUUUCCAGGGCUUAAUCCACGAUCCAGGAUUAAAGCAAGAAAUCAUCAACAUGAUCACGUACAUGAGUCUCAGUGAAGCCAACGUGAUCAUCCUGUUUGCUAGUCAACUUUAUGCCAGAGCAUUCUUUCAAGCAGCAGUUGAGGUAAAUGUCACAGGGAAAAUCUGGAUUUUAAGCGAGUCAUCUUUUGGAAAUAUAACAGCAUCAGAUAUACUGAAAGCUAAAACAACUGGCACAUUCCUGAGCAUUGGUGUCAAGCCGGGUCAAAUGCCAGGUUUUGGAGAAUUUCUAAUUAAAUCAAUGGCUACCCAAAGUCCAGCAAUCAAUCAGAAACAUUUAAUCUCAGUGAAGGAAACAGAAAACAGUAAAGUGAACAGGCAAGAGAACUGUGCCCAGCUAUGCAGUGAGUGUCAAUAUUUCACUUCUGCCACUGUUCAGGCCUUGCUAGGAUCUUCAGUAUGGAGCAUCUCGUUUAAUGUCUAUGCUGCCAUGUAUGCUGUGGCUCAUGCUCUGCAUCAAGUCCUGAAUUGCCACUCAGGAUCCUGUGACAAGCCUAGAGCAUUCUUACAAUCUCAGUUGCUGGAGGGAUUGAAAAAAGUAAAUUUCACUCUGCACAAUAACCUGAUAUAUUUUGAUGAAAACGGAAACCCUCCAAUGGGCUAUGAAAUCAUUGCGUGGGACACACAAAAUGAAAGCAGCCCCAUGAAAGUGAUUGGAUCCUACAGACCCAACCCAGGUCGACUGAUCAUCAAUGAAUCUCUAAUCAAAUGGAAUUCUCCAACAGGUUUGGUCCCGAUGUCAAAUUGCUCCAGGGAAUGUGAUCCAGGCCAGUGGAAAAAACGGGACACCUUUCACAGUUGCUGCUUUGUCUGCAUAGAUUGUCCUGCAGGAACCUUUGAAAUCAAUGAUGAAUGUGUUAACUGUUCCUUGCAGCAGUGGUCACCAGAGAAGAGUUUGACUUGCUACGAUCGGGCUGUGGUUUAUCUGCAGUGGGGUAGCAAUAUUUCCAUUGCAUUGUCAGUGAUGGCCAGUGCUGGAUUUUUAACAAUGGUCGGCAUUACUCUUGUCUUUGUCAUUCACCUCAACACUCCGGUUGUCAAGGCAGCAGGAGGGAGGCUAUGUUUCCUAAUGCUUUUCACCUUGGCUUCUGGUUGCUGCAGUGUGUUCCUCUUCAUUGGAAAGCCAAACAAUUUCAUUUGCAGAGUGAGGUGGCCCCUCUUUACUGUGAGCUUCACAGUCUGUCUGGCAUGUAUUUUUGUCAGAUCCUUCCAAAUAGUCUGUAUAUUUAAAAUGGCCACCAAGUUGCCUAAAGCCUAUGAUUACUGGGUUAAAUAUAAUGGACUGUAUGUGUUUGUGUUUGCAAGUACAUCCAUUUCAGCUAUCAACUGUUCUGUAUGGAUGGUCCAAGAACCAAUAGUGACAGUGUCUAAUUAUAACCUUUCUCAAAAGGAAAUAUUUCUACUCUGCACUACUGACAACGAUCUCUCAAUUUUCCUGUCGGGCUUUCUGUACAAUGGGCUGCUGGGUUGCCUCUGUUUUGUCUUUGCUUUCUUGGGAAAAGAUUUGCCAAAGAAUUACAAUGAAGCAAAGUGUAUUUCCUUCAGCAUGGUACUGUACAUUGCCUCCUGGUCUUGCUGCAUUCUCGUCAUUGCCUCUGGCUUCAGGCAGUAUCUCCCCUUGGCCCAGGCUCUGGCUGCUCUGCUCAGCUUGUUUGGAAUCCUGGUUGCUUAUUUCCUCCCUAAGUGUUACAUUAUUCUGUUCAAACCUCAGUGCAACACAACUGUAUUCUUCCAAAGUUGUAUCCAGGAUUACACCAAAAACAGAGCGGCUUAACAAGACAAUGCUGUGGCUUUAAGAGGUGUGUUCUGUUCUUUUUGAAAGAGAUUGGAAAACGGGUGUGUCUUGGGUGGUUUUUUUUAAGUUGGAACAAUUGAAGCAGCCUGAGUGGGUGUGGUCAAGCUCUCACAGAUCAAGAAGUUUUAGUAAGCUUUCAGCAGUUGUUGUUGUAUGCUUGAAGAAGUGGAAGCUAUUUUUCUCCCGCUUGAUAAAGGGCCAAAAGCUGAGGGUUCCCUUCCUAGGCUGCUGGAUUGCAUGUGAAUUUGCCUUUUUGCCA